AUGGAAGAGCUCACCGCUUUCGUAUCCAAGUCGUUCGAUCAGAAAGUGAAGGAGAAGAAGGAAGUGAUAACCUACAGGGAGGUGCUGGAGACCGGGUCGACGCGCGCAGGGAGCAGGGAGUCUUUAAACGCGGAGCCGGGGAGCCGAGAGGAGGCGGCAGCCGUCACCCGGAACGUUGCGCUCUCGCCGGGCAGGGAAACGGACAUGCUCGGGCCGGAGAGGAUCAGGGACGCCGGGAGCCCCAAACUCAUUGACGGCAACACGGACGUGAAGGAGAGGAAAGAGGACUCGAAGCCCAUCGAGGACGAGGCACAGACUAAAAUCAAACAGAGGAGAAGUCGGACUAACUUCACAUUAGAGCAGCUCAACGAGCUGGAGCGGCUCUUCGACGAGACCCACUACCCGGACGCCUUCAUGCGGGAGGAGCUGAGCCAGCGGCUGGGACUGUCGGAGGCCCGAGUGCAGGUUUGGUUCCAGAAUAGAAGAGCCAAGUGCAGAAAGCAGGAGAACCAGUUACAUAAAGGAGUCCUGAUUGGAGCAGCGAAUCAGUUUGAAGCUUGUCGUGUAGCGCCAUAUGUCAACGUGGGGGCUUUACGGAUGCCAUUCCAACAGGAUAGUCAUUGCAACGUGCCGCCCUUCUCCUUUCAGGUGCAGGCGCAACUGCAGCUGGACAGCGCCGUGGCCCACGCGCAGCACCACCUGCACUCUCACCUGGCGGCGCACGCGCCCUACAUGAUGUUCCCCGCGCCGCCGUUCGGGUUGCCCCUGGCGACGCUCGCGGCCGAGUCCGCCUCCGCCGCGUCGGUCGUGGCGGCCGCCGCCGCCGCCAAGAACACCAGCAAGAACUCCAGCAUCGCCGACCUGAGACUGAAGGCCAAAAAGCACGCGGCGGCGCUGGGACUGUGACGCCAGGUGUUGUCGGCGGGACACGAGGCGCGCACGCGCUACCUGCCGCUCAACACAAACACUUAAAAGGACGAAGUGAGAAAAAUUAUCCGAGGACGAUA